AUGAGGAUUCACCUACACAUUGCUAUUGUCGCCACCAAAAUUUCAGCAGCCCUGGGUGAAUGUGAGACUUCGACCACCGGACUCACAGCAGACCCGCUUCCGUUCGUGCGGAUGUUUGAAUCCGAGCUUUCCAUGAUACAAGAAAAAUAUGCGUCAGAAUGGACUCCUGCUGAUGAAGUGGCGUUUCUCGAUGCGCGGCUUAGCCUAUAUUCUUACGUUCUCGACCAAAAAAAGGCCGAACCCUUGAAAAACAUCCACCCAGAGAAUGAAAUUAUCACACAGAGCUGCAUCACGGCGAAGCAGCUUCUAACAGUGCUGACAACGUUCCCCGACACACUGAGAAAGGGGACAUUCCAUGUAUUUCGCGCUGCAAGCUACGCAGUCUUCUUACUCUUACGCAUCAUUGGAACAGCACCCAUUCAGAUAAUUGAUGAAACGGCUAUCAGAAACACCAUAAGGCAGGCCUUCACCCUCAUGAGGGAUAUCUCUCAAACAGCUAAUGACCGCCGAAAUCAAUGCAUGCGAGUCUGCAGAAUCAUCGAGAACAUGGUUGACUACGAAGACUGGGACAAGGACACGCCGUUCUUGGGCAAAGCAUGCUCCUUUAUGGCAAAUAACUUUAUCGCAGAUGUUGCGGCUAGGGGCAUGAUUAAGGCAAAUCUACGACAUGCGGCUGCACAAGCCGAAGGCGAAGUCGCGACGACAAUUGUCGCGCCGGAGGUGGAGCCACAUUUUGAUCUCGACUUCUCGAUAUGGGACUCGAUGCAAUUGAAUGUGAAUUGGCAGGAUAGUGAUGACCUAGUUUUUCUCAGCGAAAACCUGGGUGGAUCCUCAUGA